CAACAGCGACAGGUUUUUGUAGCAGUCUGUCUCACUGUGGGAGGAAGAUACUACUACAUCUUUGGCUCUGGAACUAAACUGUCUGUAACAGAUGGAAACCAGAAAAGAACGACAAAGGCACCGAGAGUUCAUGCAAACACACAGCAGAGCCCCACCCGACCAGCAGCAGGACCCAGAGUCCACCUGGAGGGGAACAGCUCCCUGCUGUGUGUGCCCCCAGCCAUGUUUCCUCCUCUGGUCCAGCUGUCUUGUAAAAGACAGAAGAAGAACGGUGGAGAAGCGGAGGAGCUGCCCCCUGCUGAUGGAGAGCAGCUGGGACUGAUCCAUCAGAACAGCACAUAUAAAUGUAACUGCUACGUGAAGCACGAGGGGGGCACAGUGGAGGCCCAAACACAACAAGAGGUUCCAGCUCCAGCAGCCUCCUGUCCUCCAGAGAGAGAGCCAGCAGACCUGCCAGCUCUGCAGCCAGCUGACUUGUCCUUCCAGUCUCAGUGCAGGGUGAAGCUGCUCUGCCUGCUGUACACAGUGCUGAUAGUGAAGAGUCUGGUGUACUGCUGUGGACUCUCUCUGCUGAUGAUCCUCACAAACAAGGGAGCGUCCACCAACUGCACACAUGCUGACUGACUGUUUUCUGCUCGCCUUUUCUCACCAUCAAAUCUCAUCAAUUCAUCUCAUUCAUCACUUUGAUCAGUAUCACAAAUGUUAGUUAUGAUGUGUUGUGCUUAUUUUGGCUUUUUCUUCAAUAGUUAGAAGAUCAUCUGACAUAAAUACAUCUUUACAUGUAUUGUUGCUCUGAGUUAGAAUUCUUUUUUUACUUAUUGUGACUUUUAUUGUAGUAACAAAAAUCAUCAGGUAUAU